AUGGCCAUGUUGUGGUGGUGGGGGUGGCAGCGGGGUGGUGUCGAGAAUGACAAGAAUGAAGGCGAUAGUGAGAGCACCAGAAAUGGUGGAGGAGACAGUGGCUCUGAAGGCAGCCACAGCGACCGGAAGGCUGAGUAUUCGGACAGCAGUAAUGAAGAAAACGGUGCCCGUGAUGAUGAAGAGGAGGAGGAAGAAGAUGAUAAUGAAGGCUGGUUCGGUUGGGAUGAUGAAGACAAUGGCGGUGGCUUGUACUGCGUCUGUGGCUGCGGCUGUGGCGAUGAUGAAGGCAGUGACAAUGAUGGUGGCUGCUCCUGCGGCUGCUGUGAUGAUGAAGACUAUAACAAUGGCAACUAUUGCCACUGUGGCUGCGAAUUAGAGGUUGAGUAUGCCGAAAGUGGUGAGUAUUCGGACAGCAGUAAUGAAGAAAACGGUGCCCGUGAUGAUGAAGAGGAGGAGGAAGAUGAUAAUGAAGGCUGGUGCGGUUGGGAUGAUGAAGAAAGUGGCGGUGGCUUGUACUGCGUCUGUGGCUGCGGCUGUGGCAAUGAUGAAGGCAGUGACAAUGAUGGUGGCUGCUCCUGCGGCUGCUGUGAUGAUGAAGACUAUAACAAUGGCAACUAUUGCCACUGUGGCUGCGAAUUAGAGGUUGAGUAUGCCGAAAGUGGUGACUAUGAGGACCAACCGUGA